UCAUCUUUUCUCUAAAGCGGAAGCUGCAGGUCUGAGCGCUGAGAGCGAUUUUCGUAGCUUAAAAUAUACAACCAGAAAACAAAAUUUAACAAGUUAUGCAUAAUAUAAAAGCUGAAAAUGCAUACUACUUUUAAAAACUGGAGACAGAAGUUUGCCGAUUUCGUACCGGAUGUAGAGUUAACAUGUGGGAUAGUUGUUGUGAUCGCGUUGUCAUGCAUCCUCAGUGUCCUAACAAAUUUUUUAGAUAUUUCGGAACAUUUUUUCAGUUUGGAGUCUAGUGCUAUCCUCAAGGGCCAUGUCUACAAACUCUUCACCUAUUGUCUGUAUCCCAAGAAUAUGACCAAUUUGUUCUUAAAUGCCAUAGUGAUGGUGUAUCCCUGUAUUGGCCUGGAAAAAGGAACUGGAACCAUCAGAUUCCUUUAUCUGUCACUGCUGCUGCCAUCCAUCUGUGGACUGCUACACGUUAUGCUGGAGUUGCUGCUGUUCUCCUCGUCCAAUAGGAGCACAGUAAAUGGACUCAUCCCACUGGCCCUGUCAGUUUUGGGCAUGGUGACGAUCAAUUCUGCUAUGCGGAAGGCAUAUUUUAUGGGCAUUAAUGUGCCCACUGCAUCUCUGCCCUGGAUUUUUUUAAUAGUUGUAACUGUUGCCUUCCCAAACACAGUCUUCCUUUGUAAUGUUCUGGCCAUCAUCACAGGAAUAAUAUAUGGUAUGGGAUGGUUUUCACUGUUUGAGAUGUCAGAGUCCAGAGCUUCCAUCCUGGAGAAAAAGUUCCCCUUACGGUUGCUUAAGUAUAUACCUGGAGUACAGUUCAUCCCUGCAUCAGCAGAAGAACGUAACAAACCUCUUGACCUCUCAAACAUUACCCCUGGGUCAUAUCCCGUCCAGGCCUACGCACCAGUAAACCCUGCCACUGGUCAGGCUAUGGGAAACCAGCCGAACACACUGGAUGGUUGGCCUCAGUCAACAUACCCCCGACAAAACUACACAUUCCCAUCACCUUAUACUGGAAGCUCUGGAGCCGCCACUGAUUGUAGUCAUGGACACGGUCAUAGUCAUGGACACGGUCAUAGUCACGGACACGAUCAUAGUCAUGGACACGAUCAUAGUCAUGAACACGAUCAUAGUCAAGGACAUGGUCAUAGUCACAGUCAUCAGUUUGAUGCUGCCCAUCACUAUGGCAACCCAUGGAUGUCUCCAUAUGUUCAAAGUCAAAUCAGUCCUCCAUAUAAAGUGCCAGGGCAACCUUUCAGUGAUCUACCUCAGCCAGGAGUUUCAUUCACGCAACAGAUCUCCCAUUUAGAGUCUAGCGUGCCCGGUGUUCCUCCACCUGCUCCUGGAUCCUCUAUGGGACGCUCAACCUGAAAAUGUAAUAUUUUUCGGAUUCGUUGGAUACCUCAUGUUUUGAUCACAAAGAUGUUCAACGAGCAUAUUUGCUUGUAUAUAACUUGGGCGUAUUUGUUAUUUUUAUUCAUUUUAUAUACUGUUUUUUAGUUGCAUCUUUUUGUUCCUUAAUAUAUAUAAUUGAAUAAAAAUCUUUUCUAUUAUAA